CCCCCCACCCAGUGUCACCAGCCUGGCGCCUCUGUGAGAAAGUUCCACUGCAGGAGGCCCCAAGGCAUCAUCAUUUCCCUCUUUCACCCUGUCUGGGUUGCCAGCAAAUCCCAAGGGCCAGCUGAGACUGAGCCUGGUCCUCAGGUCCCCCCGGCGCUGGGAAGAUGAAUUCCUGCAUCAUCCUGAACACACUGCUGCUGUAUGGGACUGUUCUUUCCGCGCCCGCCUGGAGCUACAACCUGGACGUGCGGCAUGUGCAGAGCUUCUCCUUCGCGCCAGCCGGGAGGCACUUUGGGUACCGCGUCCUGCAGGUCGGAAACGGGGUUGUCGUGGGAGCUCCAGGUGAGGGGAACAGCACAGGAAACCUCUAUGAGUGCCAGUCAGGCACUGGACACUGCCUACCAGUCAGCCCGAGUGGUUCCAACUAUACCUCCAAGUACUUGGGAAUGACCUUGGCAACAGACCCCACAGGUGGAAGCAUUUUGGCCUGCGACCCUGGGCUGUCUCGGACAUGUGACCAGAACACCUACCUGAGUGGCUUGUGUUACCUUUUCCACCAGAAUCUACAGGAUCCUGUGCUGCAAGGGCGCCCUGGUUAUCAGGAAUGUAUAAAGGGCAAUGUAGACCUUGUAUUUCUGUUUGAUGGCUCGGGGAGCUUGCGGACAGAUGAAUUCCAGAAAAUCCUGGACUUCAUGAAGGAUGUGAUGAGGAAACUCAGCAAUACUUCCUACCAGUUUGCUGCAGUUCAGUUUUCCUCGACCUACGAAACGGAGUUUAAUUUCUUAGAUUAUGUUAAAACGAAGGACCCUGAUGUUCUGCUAGCCAACGUAAAACACAUGCUCCUGUUGACCAACACCUUUGGUGCCAUCAACUAUGUUGCGACACAGGUGUUCCGGCAAGAGCUGGGGGCCCGGCCAGAUGCCACCAAAGUGCUCAUCAUCAUCACUGAUGGGGAGGCCACUGACAGUGGCAACAUUGACGCAGCCAAAGACAUCAUCCGCUACGUCAUCGGGAUUGGGAGGCAUUUUAGGACCAAGGAAAGUCAGGAGACACUCCACAAAUUUGCCUCCAAACCCAUAGAAGAGUUUGUAAAGAUUCUGGACACAUUUGAGAAGCUUAAAGAUCUAUUCACUGAGCUACAGAAGAAGAUCUAUGUCAUUGAAGGCACAAGCAAACAGGAUCUGACCUCUUUCAACAUGGAGCUGUCCUCCAGUGGGAUCAGCGCCGACCUCAGCAGGGGCCGUGCAGUCGUGGGGGCAGUUGGAGCCAAGGACUGGGCUGGGGGCUUCCUAGACCUGAAGGCAGACCUGCAGGGUGACACAUUUGUUGGGAACCAACCAUUGACACCAGAAGUGAGAGCGGGAUAUUUGGGUUACACGGUGACCUGGCUGCCCUCCCAGGGGAACACACGGCUGCUGGCAGCAGGAGCCCCCCGAUAUCAGCAUGUGGGUCGAGUGCUGCUGUUCCAAGAGCCAAAGGACAGCGGUCAGUGGCGCCAGGUCCAGAAAAUAGACGGGAUCCAGGUUGGCUCUUAUUUCGGUGGGGAGCUGUGUGGUGUGGACGUGGACCAGGAUGGGGAGGUGGAGCUGCUGCUGGUUGGAGCCCCGCUGUUCUACGGGGAGCAGAGAGGGGGCCGGGUUUUCGUCUACCAAAGAAGACAGCUGGGGUUCGAAGAGGUCUCAGAACUGCAAGGGGAUCACGGCUACCCCCUGGGGCGGUUUGGAGCAGCCAUCGCUGCCCUGACAGACAUCAAUGGGGACAGGCUGACGGAUGUGGCUGUAGGAGCCCCCCUGGAGGAGCAGGGGGCUGUGUACAUCUUCAACGGGCGGCAGGGUGGGCUCAGCCCCCGGCCAAGCCAGCGGAUAGAAGGGACCCGGCUGUCCUCAGGAAUUCGGUGGUUUGGACGCUCCAUCCACGGGGUGAAGGACCUUGGAGAGGAUGGCCUGGCAGAUGUGGCUGUGGGGGCUGAGGGCCAAGUGGUUGUGCUGAGCUCCCGGCCCGUGGUGGAUGUGGUCACUCGGAUGUCCUUCUCCCCGGCUGAGAUCCCAGUGCAUGAAGUGGACUGCUCCUAUUCAGCCAGUGACAGGAAGAAGGAAGGAGUUAACAUCACACUCUGUUUCCAGGUCAAGCCUCUCACCCCUCAGUUCCAAGGUCGUCUGGUUGCCAAUCUCACUUACACUCUGCAGUUGGAUGGCCAUCGGACCAGAAGCCGGGGGUUGUUCCCAGGAGGGAGACAUGAACUCAGUGGGAACAAAGCUGUCAGCUCAGACGAGUCCUGCUCUGAUCUCUGGUUUCACUUCCCGGUGUGCGUUCAGGACCUCAUCUCCCCCAUCAAUGUCUCCCUGAAUUUCUCUCUUUGGGAGGAAGAAGGGACACCGAGGGACGAAAGGGCGCAGGCCAAGGACAUACAGCCCAUCCUGAGACCCUCACCACACUCAGAGACCAGGGAGAUCCCUUUUGAGAAGAACUGUGGGGAGGACAAGAAGUGUGAGGCCAACCUGCAGCUGUCCUUCUCCCCUGCGAGAUCCAGAGCCCUGCGUCUGACCCCCUCUGCCAGCCUCUCUGUGGAGCUGGCGCUGAGCAACUUGGCAGAAGAUGCUUACUGGGUGCAGCUAAGCAUGACCUUCCCCCGGGGACUCUCCUUCCGCAAAGUGGAGGUGCUCAAGCCCCACAGCCAGAUGCCUGUCAGCUGCGAGGAGCUUCCUGAGGAGUCCAAGAUUCUGCCCAAGACCCUCUCUUGCAAUGUGAGCUCCCCCAUCUUUAAAGCAGGCACCUCGGUCGUUGUCCAGGUGAUGUUUAGUACGCUGCUGAACAGCUCCUGGGAGGACUUUGUCGAGCUGAACGCCAAUGUGAAGUGUGACAAUGAAGACUCAGGCCUCCUGAAGGACAACUCGGCCACUACCAGCAACCCAGUCCUGUACCCUGUCAACGUCCUCAUCGAGGACCACAAAAACUCCACACUCUAUAUCAGUUUCACCCGCAAAGGUCCCAAGAUCCAGCAAGUCAAGCACAUCUACCAGGUGAGGAUCCAGCCUUCCAUCUACGACCACAACAUGCCCGCCCUGGAGGCCGUGGUUGGGGUGCCACAGCCUCCCAGCAAGGGGCCCGUCACGCACACGUGGAGCGUGCAGAUGGAGCCCCCUGUCCACUGCCAUCAUGAGGACCUGAAGAGGCUGCCUGGUUCAGCUGAGCCUUGUCUCUCUGGAGCCAAGUUCCGCUGCCCAGUUGUCUUCAAGCAAGAGAUCGUCAUCCAAGUGAUCGGGACCGUGGAGCUGGUGGGGGAGAUUGAGGCCUCCUCCAUGCUCAGCCUCUGCAGCUCCCUCUCCAUCUCCUUCAACAGCAGCAAGCACUUCCACCUCUAUGGCAGCAACGCCUCCCUGGCCCAGGUCACCAUGAAGGUUGACAUCAUGUAUGAGAAGGACAUGCUCUAUCUCUACGUGCUGAGCGGCGUUGGGGGGCUGCUGUUGCUGCUGCUGAUUUUCAUAGUGCUGUACAAGGUUGGCUUCUUCAAGCGGAACCUGAAGGAAAAGAUGGAAGCUGACAUAGGCGUCCCAAAUGGAAUCCCUGGAGAAGAUACUGGGAAGCUGGCAUCCAGGGAAGAGACUGUGGAUCCGGGCUGCCUGGAGCCCCUGCAUGGGGAGGAGGCCCAGGAUGGAGGUGGCAAGGAUGGCAAGGACUGAGGCCCAGGGCUGGACUCAGGACGCCUGGGGCCUGUCUGCCUCAACCUGCAUUUCACUGUGUCCGAGGGCAAGUCACUGCGUGCCCCUCCCUAGGCCUCAAUUUCCCUAUCUUGAACAUGGAGCUCAUUCCUGCCUGCCCCCUUUGCAGGCUCAAGUGGAAUCUGCUGAGGGAUGGGCCAGGAAGGCUACAGAGGUGAGGCCGUGUAAUUAUCAAAUGGUCCCGGUCCCACCAGCCUCUCUUAGUUCCCUCCCCUGGAAGAGAACGUCUGAUCUAAUUUUGGAGAAACCAUAAUCUCUGGACCUAGUGACACUCCCAGCCCUCACACCUGCCCUUAAAUGUUCACAGAUGCCUCAGACUCCCGGAACCUGUCCCUGCAUUCUCUCCUGCCGGGGGUGCAAUCAGAAUGCCAUUCUGCUGCCAGAGAGCAAAUGUGAUCGGUGUCACUACACGACUGCUACCAACGCCUUGCUCUCUGGCCAAAGACCAAAUUCCUUAAUAGGCUUUCCAAGGCCCUGCAAAACUAGGCCCCGUGACCUUCCCAGCCUCUUCUAGAGACAUCCCACCUCCCUCUCUCAGCUCCAGUGACACCAGCCUUUCUCUGGAACCUUCCUCCGGCUCUCCUAGCUCACCCUCACUCAGCCCAGCUCACGUGUCAUUUCCUCAGGGCAGCCCCUGACCCCGACUCAGCCGGGCUCCCACACUGUUCACACGUACACCAGCCUGCACCUGUCCUUCACGACACAGGUCACGUUUGCUCUGUUUAAUGAUUUACGCACUUGAUAUCUGUCCAUCUGACAGCGAACUCCUUGAGGGUAGGGAUCAUACCUCCUUGUUCACCGUGGGAUCCCUGGUGAUAUCAAAGGGCAGGGCACAUAGUCGGUGCUUGACACAAUCUCGUUGAAUUAAUGAUGGAGCCUGUGGAAGACAGAAAAGGUUUAGAUGGCCCCAUGGCGUCCCCAUCCUUCAGGGCUCAGUCCUCUCAGACUCCACCCCACCCUGGCUCCACAGCCUCCCACAGGACUUGUCACACCUGUGCAGGGGCCCCCACUGGAGACUGUGACUCAAAGUGGGGACCAUGUCUGUUCCCCUGGAGCCCCAGCGCCAAGCACGGUACCUGCACACAUUUAACCAAUGAAUGAGAAACUCUGUCCAGUUUUGUGAUGCGUUUGCGCUGGCGCAACAUUCCAGCCUGGUUCAAUUUUAUGAGCGUUUCCCUCUCAGCCUUUUCAGUAAAUGGCACCAGAACAGUCA